GAAGCGGAAGAGGCGGGACCAGACGUUAGAGGAGGGCGUUUGUUAGGAUUAUCAUGGCGGGAUGCAUGAAAAUGAUAAGCUGUUAUGCUUUCGCAAGGAAUACAUUAUUGGUUUUUACGGUGCUCUUUAUUAGUUUCCCCCAAAUAUCCCACCAGAGUACAGGUAACAAGUAUCCAGUGAUUGACCUGCAGGAUGGAGAGGAGCAUGACAUGUCAGGGUCCAACCGCUUCUGCUACAAAAAUUCUGUGGUACCAACUUGGAGGCAAGCCUGGACAAGAAUUCAGGUGAAAGUAUGGAGUUCAAAGGUCUUUAAAGUGGACACUGUAGAAGGUGAGGAAGAGCUGCAGGAGCUGGAUCGUUUCACUUUUUGGGGCUGGUUCCAGAGCUUGUUACGUGAGCGGCACAAUGAAACCACCAUUAACAUCAACCUCUUCAGCAAGAAGACAUGCUUCAAGGUUGAUCCUACUGAAAAAACUCAGUACACUGUCAAAGCCAUUCGCAAGUUUGACAUCUACCUGUUUUUGGUGUUCCUCUCUGGGGCGUUGUUGUUUGUCUUUGCAGAUUCCCUCAGCAGGAGUCAAGUUUUCUACUACUCUGCUGGUAUGAGCACAGGCAUGAUCGCCUCUCUCAUCAUCCUCUUUUUUAUUCUGGCGCGCUUUUUACCAAAGAAAAGCCCCUUUUAUUUGUUAAUACUCAGCGGCUGGUCAUUUUCUCUGUACACCAUUCAGCUUGUCUGCAGGAACCUCAGCUUAAUUCUACGAGAACACUGGCAUGCAGCAUUAGGUUACGUAUCAGUGGUGGGAUUCAUCAGUUUUGCUGUUUGUUACCGUUACGGCCCUCUGUCGGAUGAAAAGAGCAUUAACAUCCUGUCAUGGACGCUGCAGCUGUUUGGUCUGUUUCUUAUUUAUUUAGGAAUUCAGAUUCAGCAAGUUGCUUUUGCGAUCAUUGUGGCAGCUUUGUUCUCCAAAAACCUGGAGUACCCAGUGUCUCUUGCAGUUGCGGCUUGGAGGAAAAUCAGAAAGCGUAUUUACUGGAAACCUGAGCCACGUCGCCUGCUGACUGAGGAAGAAUAUCAGAAGCAAGGAGAGGAAGAGACUCGACAUGCUCUGGAAGAGCUCCGGAAAUACUGUAACAGCCCAGAGUUCAGCCCAUGGAAGGCUGUGUCCAGGCUUCAGUCACCUAAAAGGUUUGCCGAUUUCAUUGAAGGGUCCCCUCACCUGAUGUCAAACGAGGUGUCUGUUCAUGCGCAGGAAUACGGCUUUGGAGGAUCUUUUUUUGAGGAUGAGUUUUUUGACACUGAUGACGAAGAGGAGGAAAAUAAGCCAGAGUUUUAAGGCACAAAGUCGAUGUGUAAAAACAGAAACAAUUAUUGCCUUUCAGAAAGGCGGGGGGGGCUGUCCAGAAUGAUUUUGUUAACGUUGUGGAGGCUAGGCUAGAUUAAAAGAAAGAAGAAAAAAAACCAAACACUGGACUGGAUUCCAGGUUUACAUGAACUAUUUUGUAUCCCCAU